AUGUUUUCUUUGCCCCCGUGGCUUCUGUUGGCUCUCCGUUCGCGAAGAAAGUGGAAGACUUUCAUUCGAUGCACCCUUGUCCUCCUCGCCACGCUUGUGUUGCUCGUGGAUAAUGUGACGCUGCAGAACAUGGGACAGGCGGGAUUCUUUGCUGCGAUUUUGGCAAUAAUGCUUCCGCCUUCGAUGCCAUUGACCCUGUUCAUCCUCGCGGGGUUGACCUUGGGCAUCGGUAUGCUCCUGGGAUGGGCGUGGGGCGCCGCUGCCAUGGCCGCUGCUCUCAAGGCCCGGAGCCAGACUCUCCUGAACAGCCAGCUGCAACUUGCGCAGGCAUCCUUGGAUCCAAACGUGCCGGUGCAGCUGCAAUUCCAACAGUUCAUAUUUCAAGGUCGAUUCCUCGACGCGCGCUCGUCGGCUGUCUAUGGCGCAUUCAUCUUCAUCGGCGCAUUCUUUCUCGGAGCGUUGAGGGGCUUCGUGCCCAAUCUCGCCCUGGUGUCUAUCUUCGGCUUGAUCGUUCUCGAUGUAAUGUGCUCAUAUGGACCUCUGUUCUACGCUUCGCAAUAUACGAUAGCGAAGCAGUUCCUACUUCCCACGUCCUAUUACCUUGCUAUCGCCCUUGCUUCGCUUGUCCUGAUAUUCCCCGAGACGCUGAACCAUGCGUGGCUGUCUCUCCUCUCCGACUCCGUGUUCAGCCCGACAAAACAAACUCUCGGGGUGCUUUCGCAAGCUCUGUCGAGCCGACCGUCUGACCGUGCGACAUGGGAAUCUUUCACGCAAAAGGGCGGAAACCUCCGCCGUGCGGUGAUCGCUGGAACACAAGGUUUACUAGGGCAAACUGGCCUUCUCGACGUCGAGUUCUCGUUGGGGCGGUUGGGGCCUGGCGACUUGAAAAGGAUCAGCGGGGAGAUGAAGUCGCUGAUGUUCAGAACGAGCGGGUUGCUUUCGUUCCUCAAUUUCGUGCAGGAGGGGAACAAAAUGGACGAGAAGGAGGAGGAGGAGGAGUUUGGGCGGCCAGCGUCUUCCACACCGAGUACGAAAGGCGAGAAGCAGGAUGGGCGGCUACGCCGGAUCGGUUUACUUUGCUUAGGCGGCGGAUGCGCGAGCACGAGCAGCGACAUGGCCACGACCUCGAUUCUCUGGUCCCAAUUUUGGAACACGCAUCCGUCGGACUGA